AUGAUGUUAUCAAAGAAGGCAAAAAUCAUUCCUGAAAGGUACCACAACCAUCCGUUAAACCGCAAAGAGGAUGCAAGAUUAUCCGAGUAUAGUCUUACACCUGAGCAAAGGGAAUCUACCUGGAACCAGCUGCACAAGAACUUAUUCUCUCAUCAAAAUCUGGUACUAGGUUAUCAGGGUAACCAAAAUGUUACCUACGAAAGUGUGAAACCAUUUUUUGACAUCGUAAUCAACAAUGCCGGAGAUCCAUUCUCAGGACAAACGCAAUAUGCACUGAACACUAAGAUCAUCGAAUGUAGCGUGCUAGAUUAUUUUGCUAAACUCUGGAAAAUACAUCAAUCCGAUUCUCCAAACGACGAAGAACGGACAUACUGGGGUUAUGUUGCGUCCAUGGGCUGCACCGAAGGUAAUCAUCUCGCAUUGUACAACGCAAGGGAGUAUUUAGCCGGAAUGCCUCUCAGUAAUCCUAUCCUAUACAAUACGUGUAGAACACCUAUGAACCCAACUGUUUCGUCCAACGGGGAAUGCAAAGAAGAAUUGUCAAAUUCACCACUAAAAGACAAUCCUAACGCCUUUACUCCAGUUGUAUUUUUCUCCGAAGAAGGCUUCCACGGCCUUGAAAAAACAUUGAGAAUGUUACAGAUGAAAACUUUCCGUGAUAUCGGCAGUGGAUAUUUUCAUUGCCCGUUGAGAUAUCCAGAUGAUUACCCAUCCAGUUUUUGUGACGAAUCCCUUGAUGAAAAUGGCUGGCCACGUGCAGUGCCAGUUGAGGAGGAUGGCUCAAUUAGCAUCCCAUGCCUUGUGAAACUCGUCACAGCUUUUGUUCUGAGAGGCUACCCUCCAGUGGUAAUUUUUACCAGUGGUACGACAUUUAAAGGAGCUUACGAUGAUCCACGAGCUGCUAUUAAUGAGCUUGUGCCUAUGUUGAAACAACACAACAUGUACGAACGCCUUGUACAUUGUUCGGAAGACCUGGUUAAAUCUGAUAUUCGGAAUGGAUUUUGGUUUCAUAUUGACGGUGCCCUGGGAGCAGCCCAUCUUCCAUUUCUGGAGAUGGCAAUCAAUCAGGGUUUGGUUUCCAAUACGUUUCCAAAUGGUUUUCCUGCAUUUGAUUUCCGUAUUCCUGAAGUGAAAUCCAUUGCAAUGAGCAUACACAAAUGGUUUGGCUGUGCUUUUCCUUCUGCAGUUUUUAUGAUGAGGAAAACGGAUCAAGUAAGACCUCGUGAUAACCCGAUGUAUGUUGGUGGUCAUGAUAGCACUUUGUCCAGUUCCAGGUGCGGCCACGGUGUUUUAGUAAUGUGGGACCUACUCUCAAAGAAAUCUUACCAGGAUUUUACCGAAAUAGCUGCCCGUGGACACGAAAUGGUGGUGUUUUUACUAAGUAAUUUGCGAAAGCUUGAAAAAGAACUGCGUGUGGACUUAUGGCUUUCAAACUCACCGGGUUCAUUGUUUGUCUGCUUUAAACAACCAAAUCAAGAUAUCGUGCAUCGUUAUUCAUUGGCUUCACAUUUGCUAAAAAUAAAAUCUACCGAUGGCAUAUUCAAACAAAGAGUCUGUUCUCACAUCUGCCUUAUGUCGCAUGUCACCAAGAAGAUAAUUCUACGUUUCAUUGAAGAAUUGCGCGCUCCUGUAGCAUUUCCAAAUCAAAACUAA